GAUGUGUCUAGUCUUCGUCCGUAACUGUCCUGUGUGCAAACGUGACGUUCUGUGUUCGUCUUGGUGUUGGUUGCAGGAACUGUCGAUGCGCUUUUUUCUUUAAUACGUCGAAGUACAGUGCUGCUACGAGAGAAUGCUGCUCCCAAUAUCGAUGGCCUUGCUCUCGGUCGAAAACUUUGCGAGAUUAUCUGAGGUUACAGUUUAUUUAGGGAUGCUACUGUUCAUAAUCUUUCUCAUAUGGAGGUGCUUCAAGAAACCUCCAAUCUAUGAGAUACCAGCUUGGGACAUCACCAAAGGCCACCGUUGGUCUGUUACGGACAUCCUCAGCCGCACAGGUUAUUGCAGUGUCUGUGAGAAUCUAAUUGUGGAUGGCCUCUUCUGUGACUGCUGUGGCAUAUGUGUGGAUCACGGCUGUUGUGGUGUAGCUGAUAGGAAUUUCGCAUGCAAGACUCUGUCCUCCAGCGGCGAUUCCAUCAGUCAUCACUGGGUCAAAGGCAAUACCUCUCCAAACAGCCGAUGUGCGGUGUGCGGCCAGCUGUGUGGGCUGGAAGCAGCUUUGUCCGACUUCCGGUGCUGCUGGUGUCAGCGGACGGUGCACACAGGGUGCACGGGCAAGCUUGCUGAGGUGUGCGACCUGGGGCGACAUCGUGCAUGCGUGGUGCCGCCGUAUUGCGUUCGACUGCGCAUGGUCGGCUGGAAAGGGCGGCGCCACCUGGUUGUGCGCAGUGUCAACCCCCCAAGUUACAGCCCCUGGAGCCCGCUCAUUGUGGUGGCCAAUCGCCGCAGUGGCAACAAUGAUGGCGAGCACGUGCUCAGCGCCUUCCGUGGCAUCCUCAACCCGGCACAGGUGGUGGACUUGAAUGACCUGCCACCAGAAUCUGCCCUCGAGUGGUGUCACCUGAUAAAAGGUCACACUUGCCGCAUCAUAGUAGCAGGGGGUGACGGCACGAUCAACUGGAUUUUCACUGUCAUAGACAGGCUGAAACUACAGCCCUUGCCUCCUCUCUGUGUCCUGCCAUUGGGCACUGGCAAUGACUUUGCACGGGUCUUUGGCUGGGGCGAGGGCUACAGCUCAUCCGACAUCAAUGUCACCGACGUCCUUGACAGCAUUAACCAAGCUAAAGUGGAGAACAUUGACAGGUGGAGAAUCCACAUAACUCCUCAUCGGCGCUUGGGCUUUGCACCACCAUGUCAGGAAAUGUACAUGACCAACUAUUUCUCUGUGGGUGUGGAUGCCUUGGUUACCCUCAACUUCCACAAGACCCGACAGUCUUGGCUCUACUUUUGGAAGCAUCGCCUUUUCAACAAGUUCCUAUACAUCACUUAUGGCACCCGUGACUUGCUCGAGAAAAAGUGCCGGGAUCUUCCGCAAAAGGUGCGCCUUUGGCUGGACGGGGAGCCCCAGGACCUGGAGCAUCUGGAGGCCAUCACUGUGCUUAACAUCCCUUGCUGGGGCGCUGGUGUAAGGCCAUGGCACAUGGGGGCCGGAGGUCAGCUAGCUCAGCCUCAGAGGUAUAACGAUGGUCUUGUGGAAGUUAUUGGCCUGUACUCAUCCUUCCAUGUGGCACAGCUUCAGGUUGGCAUAUCCGAGCCUGUACGGCUUGGACAAGCUAGGGAGGUCAAGUUGGAGUUGUUGGAACGUCUUCCUGUGCAAAUUGAUGGUGAGCCUUGGGAGCAGGCCCCUGCCACGCUGUGUAUCACCUUCCACUGCCAGGCAGCUGUGCUCGUGAACCAGGGCGAACAUCCAUUGUGAAUUUGCAAUCUCGCAGAAGAAAGGGCUGUUGUCUAAUAGGAACACCGCAUUUCUUGAUCGCCGCAGAACGCAAUGAACAUAUCGGGUUUGCUUCUGCAAUUUAUCUUGCUUCACUGCGAGACUGUGGGAGCCUAUGCUUCUGUUUGUGUAUGUUACUGUAUUUAGAUAUGCCUGUGUACUA